UGGCAAUGUGUCAACAAUGAUGUGUUAUGGCUGCCGUGAAGGCUAUUCGAUGUUCUGCGUAGGAUUUAACGAGAAUGCCAAUCCAGGCUCCCCAGUGGACUGAAUUUUUGUCAUGUCCUGUAUGCUGCAAUGAAUUUGAUGCUACUCUUCGUAGCCCAAUCAGCUUGGGAUGUGGACAUACUGUGUGCAAGACCUGUCUCUCCAAUUUACACAGGAAGCAGUGUCCCUUUGAUCAGACAGGCAUCAAUACCGAAAUUGAAAAUCUACCUGUAAAUUUUGCACUGCUGCAGUUAGUGGGUGCAAGCAUUCCAGAAAGCGAAGGGAGUGGCAACAUUAAGCACCUUACAGAAGAGGACUUGGAACAUUAUUUACAAGCAAAAAAAUGCAUAGAGGAACUUGCUCUGUACCUAAAACCAUUUUCGUCUGGGAAUGGAAAUGGUGGCACAAGUGUGCUUUCAAGGCCCAUGCAGCGAAAACUGGUGACACUUAUAAAUUGCCAGUUGAUGGAAGAAGAGGGCCGGUCAAGGGCAAUGCGAGCUGCUCGUUCACUUGGCGAGCGCACUGUCACAGAACUAAUACUACAGCAUCAAAAUCCUCAGCAAUUGUCUGCUAACUUAUGGGCAGCUGUGCGUGCACGUGGAUGCCAAUUUUUGGGUCCAGCUAUGCAAGAAGAAGUUCUGAAACUAGUUCUGCUUGCAUUGGAAGAUGGUUCAGCCUUGUCAAGAAAAGUGCUUGUAAUGUUUGUUGUGCAACGCUUAGAACCUCACUUCCCCCAAGCUUCAAAGACAAGCAUUGGUCAUGUGGUACAACUUCUAUACAGGGCAUCAUGUUUUAAGGUUUCCAAAAGGGAAGGAGAUUCAUCUUUAAUGCAGUUAAAAGAAGAAUUUAGAACAUAUGAUGCCUUACGAAGGGAACAUGAUGCUCAAAUUGUCCAGAUAGCUACAGAAGCUGGCCUUCGAAUUGCUCCUGAUCAGUGGUCUGCUUUACUUUAUGGUGACACUGCCCACAAAUCACAUAUGCAAAGCAUUAUUGACAAACUACAAACUCCUCAAUCAUUUGCCCAGUCAGUACAAGAGUUGGUAAUUGCUCUUCAAAGGACAGGAGAUCCAGGAAACUUGUCUGUUCUUCGGUCUCAUUUAGAGUUGUUGGCAGCAAUUGAUCCAAGUCCAGAAUCAACCUCACCAACAUGGUCCGAGUGCUGUGGUGCCCUUGAAGCUGUGAGAACUGUAGUAACUGGCCUAGUCGAAUUUAUUCAACAUCACGGUAGUCGAAGACUUCAAGAGACAAGCCAUACGCAUAAUCCAAAAUAUAAAAUAAGCAUGUGCCGAGAUCACACCUUACGAGGUAGUUGUCCACGUGGGACAAACUGUACAUUUGCUCAUUCGGAAGAAGAGCUUGAAAAGUACAGAGCAAAGAAUCGAAAAGCUGUUGUGAGAAGUAAUCCUACACAAUCCAAGGGGUCGGACGCAAACCAAAAGGAGAACCAGACAAAUGACUUCCAUACCAAUGAUAAGGUCUUCAUACAACCAGAUGACUUGCUUUAUUCCAACAGCAAUUCAUCUAUUACAUCAGCCCCUUUUGAGAACUCUGUUUUAAGAGAAGGUUUCAUUGGGAGUACAACACCUGUUCAAGUCCCAUCAGUUGCUGCUGCUGUUGUUAGACCACCAGUUGGCGUUUCAAUUCCUCCAGGAAGCUUUGAGUAUGCAAGACCUUACAGUGCAACUUACCCUUCACCAGGCCCACAGCCAACUUCUUCAGUGUACCAAACCCCUCAGCAGCAAAUGUUUGCUCCCAAUCCAGGAAAUUUCACGUCAGACAUAUACAGCAUGCUGCUGACCACAGGAGGCCAGGUGUAUGCCUCACCGCCACAGCCAGAUUACGGAUCUCCAGCACCUCCCACUGAACAUAGGCCAAUAGAACCAGCUAGAACUAACAAUCGAGCUGCCACUUGGGACCACACGAAAACAAUCAGCACCAGUACACUUGCUUCUCAACAGCCAUGGCUUAUGUCCAUGUCCAACACUUCGGCAGCUGCUGCUAAUAAGAAAGUCACAUCCAAGAGCUUAGCAGCUCUUCAUCAGAGGAAGCUGGAAAUAAUUUCCCAGUUGGAGAAAGUUGUGGGAAUAUCUGCUGCAUCAGCAAUUUCCAGUUCUACUUCUUCCCAGGCCAGAGCGACAACUUCAUUCCCAAACACUGACAAUGAUGUGUGCACAUCAACAUAUUCCAUUUGGACAUCUGGAGGAAUUCUCCACACAGGAAGAGGAAGUGGUUCUCAGGUUAGCCACAUUUCCACAGCUACACAGCCUGCUGCUUUCUACAGGUCAGAUUCAAUUCUUGCAGAUGAUGAAUUCAUCCCAUUUGAUCCACCCAUAGUCAGCAAGUAUGGACCAAUUUCUCGAAUGUCAAAGGCAAUCCUACGUCCCAGUAGUUCAGUACAGGUUUCUUCAUCUUUUGGUGAUGGAACAAUCUCAACCCCAAUGGUACGCCGUCCAGUACCUGCUGCUAGCCCUGUUGCUUCUUGGUACUUCAGUACCACACAAGGAUAUCCAGCAGCCUUGCAAGCAACCACUUUGCCAGGUGGCCACAUAGUAACUCCUGCAACUGCUGGAUUGGGUGAUGGCUACAUAACAAUUGGCCAUGGAAUUUUGGAUCCUCCUCAGCUGUUUGUACAAAAUAGAGUACCUGACUGUCCCUCAGAAGAAAGCUAUGCAAACAACCAGAAAAUGAGACAACAUUUGCGAACCUUGCACCGGAGAAUAAAUGAUUUGAAGCUGGUUUCACAUGGGAGUGCACUUACAGAAGGAGAAAAGCUUACACAGGAAUUGCAGCUUAUAGAGCAGGAAGAACUGAGACUGAAUUUCUUAUCAUCGGCAUUGCCAAUACCUGCUGGUGAAUUUUUAAGUAAUAAAAAUGACAGUUACUCUACUGAUCUGAAGUACAAUGGAGAUUGUCGAAGUGAUGAUGAAGAUACAUAUGAAGCAGGUAUAGCAAAUGACAUGCUCGAACUUGAACGGCGCUGGGAGUACGAGCUAGAGGAGCAGGAGAAGAGGUGGUCCAGUGAAGAAGAGUCAGGAAAAAAGUAGAUCUAAAUAGUCUCAUUGUCAGAGAUGAUAUUUAUUAUCAACCCAAUGGGUUCAGACUUGUAUUAAUACCAGGAUAUCCUGAAAGUGAAAAUUCGUAUAUAAAUUAUUAUAUUACAGUU